CCACAUGGAUCGUCCUGAGAGGCACCAGCAAUCCUUCGGGACAGGAGAGCUCACCGCUCCACAGAACCCAUCCAGCAGCAGCUCCUUGUCCAGCGAUGAACGGCAAACUCGUGGCUGUCCUGGCUUUCUGCCUGAUCUCCGUGGCUGUGUCUCAGGGUAGGACCCUGGCCAGGAUGGGAACCGAGCUCCGUUGCCAGUGCAUAGCCACUCACUCCAAGUUCAUCCCUCCUAAGUCCAUUCAAGAUGUGAAGCUGACACAGAGCGGCCCCCACUGCAAGAACGUGGAAGUCAUAGCUACUCUGAAGGAUGGCAGAGAGGUGUGCUUGGAGCCCACUGCUCCCUGGGUGCAGAUAAUCAUAAAGGCAAUUUUGGCCAAGGCUCAGCUCAACUCUGACUCUCCACUCUGAGAAACAUCAGGACCAACAAAUCUGGGAACUGCCCCCACUCCUCCCUUGAGAGAAGCGUUUGGGAAAAGCAGCUUUUGAAGAGGGUGCAUCUGCCACCUCCUCCAUCAGUGUUACUCUCUUUGCUGCGGAUUUGGUUAUUG